AUGGCGCCGCGGCUGCCGUCUCUUACGAGCGACUGCCUCCUCCACGUCUUCCUCAGUCUAGACCCGGUCUCCAUCGUCCGCUGCGCCGCGGUCUCGCGGCACUGGCGCCGCGCCGUCAUCGACAACGCGGCCGAAAUCCGGCGCCACCCGGGCCAUCACCUCCUCCUCGGCAUCUACCACCGCGAGAUGUAUCCGAGGGAACUCGCCUUCUCCCGCCGCUCGUCCUGGCUGCCACCGUCUGCCGGGCGGCACUGGUCGGACUCCCUGCCCGCACCUUCCCAUGUGCCGGUGGCGGAAGGCAUGACGCCGAAGCUGUACUCGCCGCUCGCAUGCAAUGGCGGCCUCGUCCUUGUGUGCCGAGGCCUCCCGUCGGAGAUGUUCGUGUGCAACCCAUUCACCGGCUUCAGCGCCUCCAUACCCCGCCUUGGCGAGCUUGUCACACACGAGUACCUCUUGCACUCAUGCCAUGGCGCAGAGCCAAACCCUAGCACCAACACGUUCCAAGUGCUUGCCGUGAAAAUAGAGCACAAUGGCAUACUGGUCCUUCAAAACUACUGCUCGAAGAGUGGCACUUGGGGCCCUGUCUUUCGUCCCAACGGCAGCAGGCUCCGGAUGCCCUACCGUGAUUACCGUGCCGCCCCAGUAUUGUGCCGGGGUGCCAUCCAUUGGUUGUGCAGCGACGUGUCAGAUUACGACUCAUCACCAUACGGACAAUCAUGCUUCGACAAGAUCACCCGUAUAGUCGCAGUGGACAUAAGCACAGGCCAGGCAAGAAUGACAAGGCUACCGAAUCACUUGUUGACGCGCAAUAAUGAAGUAUCGACCAAGAAAAUGCUAAUGUUGGCUACGUCGUCCGAGGGUGAACGGCUAUCUUUGCUACGAACAAAGAAAUCAGGAUUGGAGGUAUCAAUCUGGUUGUAUGCCGGAGAUCAUGGCGGCGAAGACGACGACGACGCAGAGAAGAGCUGGAUGUUGUCGCGAUCUGUCGACAUUCGGAAGCUCAUCGAGGAUGCAGGCCUGGCAUAUUUCCGACCAUCGUGCAAAGAUUGGGCAGUGUUGGAAACAAGGUUAGAGUGGUUUUGCCCCAGGAGCAACUGUUUGAUAAUCUGGGUUCCUUUCCUUGGAUUGUUUGUUCUUGAUCUAGUGAGCACGGAGAUACAAAGAGCCGAAGGAGAUAGCCAUGGACACAUCUGGCCUUAUGAGAUAGACUUGACGCUUUCCUUCUCCUCCAUGAAACCCUUCUAG